GUGGUGAUUUGGUAUUAAAUGGUCGGAGUGGAAAUUACUCAAAAUGUAAUUAUGAAAAGGUGAUUUUAGAUAAGAAAAAAAAAUUUGUUGCUGAAGAAGUUGAAAUAUUUGAAGUGCAGAUGCCAACAG